AUGUUUUGCUUUUCUAUAAAUAUACUACAAAAUACGCUUUUUAGUACACAAAGUUAUUUGACAAGUAUGAAAUUUUAUGAUAAUAAAACAAGAGCAAGCAGAAAAGUUUGCAAGAUGUGUAUUUUGAUACUUAAAACAAAUAUUUAG